CGCCAGUCCGCCGUCACUGCGGAUACCUGGGCCCAGUGCACGAGUAGGGGGAAAGGUGAAGCCUCGGUCUCGAGUGACUGGGCAGAUCUGCACCUGUGCGGCAGAUCCUCCCUUUGUCUCGGAUGAAGGGUGGGGGAUUCUUUGAAUAGAAAGGGUUAAAUCUCAGAGGGAGGAGAUCACUCUUGUCUGCCCCUCUCAAACACACACAGCCUCAUCGCCGGCUUCGACACUUCUGCGGGCCGAUGCCCAUGGAGGUGAAGUGGCCAUUCGCCCGGCGCCCGGGGCUGGGCUGGAGGCUCGGCAGCGCGCUGGUGACCGGGUUGGUGGGGCUGUACAGCCGCAUCUGGACCCAAUACAUGAACCGGCUGUUGGUUCACAACAAGGAAACCCUGUACGAGGCAAUUGAACGGCGACCACAUGGCAAGCCCCUCAUCACUGUUGCCAACCACCAGUCCUGCAUGGAUGACCCACACAUCUGGGGUGUCCUCGAGUUGAAGCAGUUGUGGAGAACUCGGCGAAUGAGAUGGACUCCCACUGCAGCCGACAUCUGUUUCACUAAAGAACUACACUCACGGUUUUUCAGCCUGGGGAAAUGUGUUCCUGUGUGCCGUGGUGACGGUGUUUACCAGAAGGGAAUGGACUUCCUGCUUGAAAAGUUGAACCAUGGCGACUGGGUGCACUUCUUUCCAGAAGGGAAGGUAAACAUGACGCAGGAAUUCAUGAGGCUUAAGUGGGGAAUUGGUCGGCUCAUUUCCGAGUGCUCCCUGAAUCCCAUCAUCCUCCCGCUCUGGCACAUUGGCCUGUGUGACGUGCUCCCCAACAAGCCCCCAUACUACCCCCGCAUCGGGAAGAGAAUCACUGUCUACAUCGGGAGGCCCUUCACCCUUGAACAGGUGGUGCAGCAGCUGAGGGCCGAGAAGCGGUCCCCGGUGGAGAUGCGCAAAGCGCUGACGGACUUCAUCCAAGACGAGAUGUGGAAGCUGAAGGCGCUAGCUGAGGCGACCCACCAACGUUACCACCAGCCGCGGCAGCCCUGAACGGAGAGCGGUGAGAGGCCGCUCGGCCCGCCAGCACCACUACUGGACGUGAGGGGCAGAGGGAGUUCCCAGCUGCCGGUCCGGUCACUGCCUGCUCCUUCCCUGGCCUUCGGUUGCUCUGUGGUUGGACACUCGGGUCAUCAGU